CCUUUAGCUCUCAGUAUGUUUGUGUUCAGGAUGUGAAGGCUGUUUGCUUUAAUCUUUAGACGUGUAAAUCAUCAGAAACUGAAGCUUGUUACUGACGUGUGGCGUCACCCAGCACGGGUGCGAUGUCCUUUCGCUCCACAUGAGCUCGACUAUGUGGUACAUCAUGCAAAGUAUCCAGAGUAAAUAUUCCCUUUCGGAAAGGCUGAUCCGAACCAUCGCGGCUAUCCGCUCUUUUCCCCACGAUAACGUUGAGGACCUCAUACGCAAGGGAGCAGAUGUGAACCGGAUGCAUGGCACCCUAAAACCGCUGCACUGUGCCUGCAUGGUGGCCGACGUGGACUGUGUGGAGCUGCUGUUGGAGAAAGGCGCAGAGGUAAACGCGUUGGAUGGCUACAACCGCACAGCGCUGCACUACGCAGCAGAGAAGGACGAAGGCUGUGUGGAGCUGCUGCUGGAAUAUGGAGCUCAGCCCAAUGCUCUGGACGGUAACAAGGACACCCCUCUACACUGGGCUGCUUUCAAAGACAACCCCGAAUGUGUGCGCGCGUUACUAGAAAGCGGUGCCUUCCCCAACGCUCGCGACUACAACAACGACACGCCGCUUAGCUGGGCUGCCAUGAAAGGUAACCUGGAGAGCGUACGUGUUCUGCUGGACUACGGUGCCCAGGUUCACGUGACCAACCUGAAGGGCCAGACGCCCAUCUCGCGGCUGGUGGCGCUGCUAGCUCGCGGUUUAGGCAACGACCAAGAGGAGGAGUGUCUCGAGCUGCUGUGCAAAGCCGCUGGGAGGUUAACGAUACGCCAGGCGGAUGGUUCGAUGCCUCGCGAGCUUAGUAAAGAUCCGAGGCUUCUAGCUCGCCUGACUAGCAUGAUGGCUCAUCCAAAUUCGCUCAGAGCUUUAGCCCGGUGCGCUGUACGUAACAGCCUCGGAGCUCAGUACCUGUCUACCGCUGUAAACCAGCUCCCACUGCCUGAAUCUGUUAAAGAGUAUGUUCUCCUCAGAGACUGAGCGCUGUGGAGUAAAUGCAGGACUGUUCGUAAUGCGCUGCAACCACUGUUACUAUUCUUUUAUAUUAAUAUACGUACCUGCAUUUUGGAAUGAAUGUUCCCUGUGUUUACACUAGAACCUUGACAAGAGGAGAUAAGCCUGGUUUUCUAUGGAAGUGCAAGACAAAAAGAGCCAUAAUAAUGGCUACAUCAGCCAACAACAACAAAAUAGUAUAUAAUUCAGCCUUCUUGUGCUCGGAACAGAUUUUCCUGUGUUAAUCACAAUGCUAAAAUACAUUUGAAAGAAUAAGAAAUACAGAAUAAGACUCCUGCAUGUGAAUUAAACACUCACCCUAUAGUCCAGCCCUCGACAGUUUGAGUAUAAGCUGUUGUGGAUGCAAGAAAUAGCAGUCCUGUCUCCACUAUUAAUCAUUAGGUCAGCCAUACCGGGCAUUUGUCUUGUUAUAGGAACCAAAGACACUUAAAUUAAUUUUUCCUUCGGGGUCUUGGGUGACAGCCAUCUAAUACGCAAACCCACCACCGUGGAGCUCAGGCUCUUAGAGGAGCUACCGGCCUGGUCGGGUGCUUAACAGACACAAUUGUCUGUGUCUUACGUAGGAGAGAUUGGAGAGCACCAACUCCUGGUGUCUGGUCAAGGGGGCCAGCACGAGUGGUACGGGACCGCAUGAGGGAUAGUGUGACUUUCUGUGACAUUUAAGCAGCUUGUCUUACUCUGCCAAUCAAGGGAAGGAGUGGCACCAUGGGACUUGUAAUAGGGAAUUGGAAAUGAAUACAUUGUGGGGAAAAGGGUAAAAAAUGCAAAUGCUAACCAAUAAUGUUCCCUUCUAACCUCACAACUUUAGAUCUUACCUGUAUUAAGUCAUCAGCCAACGUUAUUACAAUAUGCAGUGGUUGCUUGGUGGUUAAGGUACUGGCCUAGUAAUCAAAAGAUUGCCGAUCUGAUCCAGGAGAGCCAGAUCACCACACGCCUCCCCAUCAGACACUUGUCCAAUCUGCAGCCGCUUCUUAUCACCCGCCAGUGCUGGGUUCUCACACCGAGCCAAUUCACAUACCCUCUAUCAAACACAGCCAGCUGUGUUAGUGUGGACGACCGGCCAGAUCAGUGGCUCUGCUGAGAUUUGAACUCGAAAGUUGGUGUGCUAGUGCAUUAGACCACUGCGCCACCCGAGCACUGCAAAUGUAAUUACUGAUUCUGUAAAACUGCAAACUUAAAUGAUUGGCUCCAGUAAGGUUUGUUAAAGGUUCUCUACACUUCCAUCCAACAGUGUUCAGUGUGCAAAAAUAUUAUAUAUAUAUAAUUAUUAUUUGUGGUGGUUUUUCCUUGGCUUACAAUAUAUUUAAAUAAAUUUUACAUGAAUGUAA